UUUAGGCUCGUACAUAACGUCUGGUACUAAUGGAAAAAUAAUGUUUCGUAUCAUUGUGUUAAUUUACUUCAGCGUAACGGCAACACGUGUUUUUGCCAACACAGUGCCAUGCGACAGUGAUGGCUGGCUGCACACUUGUGAUGAUGGUUCGUGUAUAUUUGAUAAAGCAGUCUGCGAUGGAAACUUAGACUGUCCAGAUGGCAGCGAUGAAAAACCGUUUCCAAGUUUUGGACAAAACGUGACUGGAUUUAAAUGCACAGUAAAAACAACGUUGAACAAAUGUAUUCUCCCUGAUAAAUACGUAUGUGAUCAAUACAACCACUGCUUAGAAGAUGAAUGUGACUGUAUGCACAGCUACCCAUUCCGAUGUUCCCCGGACGAAUGUGUCAAUCAAGCAUAUUUUUGCGAUGGGAUGGCGGAUUGUUCCAAUGGGAGAGACGAAUUGCCAUACAGCAACAAAACGGAAGGACUUCGAUGUGUAACAGAAUACAACAACAGUGCUUGUUCUUUGCCUUAUCAAUAUCGAUGUGAUGGAUCAAAAAACUGCUUGAACGGAGGAGACGAAUGCUUUUGUAACGGCGAUGGCGGAAAAUACGACGACAUUUCCUAUUUCGACCAAACCUGUUUUCGCUGCUUAGAUGGUAAUGGAGAAAUGAUGCAAUCCUAUCUGUGCAAUGGUUUCAUAGAUUGUGUGGAUUUAUCUGAUGAGUGUUUAUGUGAAAAUCCAAUAUCAAUUUGUAAGCAAUUGGCCUACCAAGAUGAUUGUGAGUUCAGAUGUCGAACAACAAACGACAAGAUCAAAAGCAAAUGCAUUUCGAAGUCACAAGUUUGUGACGGAUCACGUGACUGUACCAUGGGUGAAGAUGAAAAAUAUUGUUCCCACGUAGAAGCAGUCAAAAAAGAAAUACAACUCAGUUAUAAAGAGGAUAUGCCUGAAUUUUGGUGUUGUAACGCCGGAUAUCCUGCUGAUUGUUUGUACGAGCAAACAUUUACAAAUGCAACUCAUGACGGCUGUGAUCAGUUUUAUGAAUGUCCACCCGAUCCAAAGUACUUUCCAUAUUUGACCUACGCAAUAAAAUGCGACAAGAUACCGACAUGCACCGGAUUUUAUGAUGAAUGUCUGGGAUGUAAUGAUUCAACUCCACGACCUUACUGUGCACUUGAUGAAGUAUAUGGAUAUGUAUGCCCCAACCACGAAUCUCCUAUUCAUCUCGGCCCAACUGAAGUUUGUAAUGGAUCACCAGCAUGCAAUAUUACCCAUCCGGUGGAAUCUGCAGAUGAGGUCGAUUGUCCUGCCAGAUAUUACUGCAUGGGAAAUGUCGGAGGCAAGAAAUAUGUUAGUAUACCACAUACAUCGGUAUGCGACUGUUCUGUAGAUUGUUGGGAUGCAUCCGAUGAAGCAAAUUGCACUGAGUUUAACAAAUUCUGCUGCAGAAGCGAUGGCGAAUCAACCUCUCUGAAUAAGGUAUGUAACGGAGUUGACGAUUGCUCUGAUGGAAGUGACGAAUGCCAAUCUUGUAUAGACAGUCCGUUUGCAGACGACAAACACCUAAUCAGUAACGUGGCGUUGAGGGCAUUCGUUUGGAUUAUAGGAUUGACUUCAUCAGCUGGGAACAUCUACGUACUUAUUCAAACUUCCAUCUCAUUGAGAAAAGGAAAACAAAAUGAUUACGCAAAGAUAACUUCGUUUCAUGUUAUUGCACUUGCCAUUGCUGAUUUAUGCGUAGGAUUAUAUUUAAUGGGACUUGGAAUCACCGACGCAGUUUAUGCUGGGAUUUACUGUUAUGAGGAAAAAUCUUGGAGAAGUGGAAUGCAUUGUAAUAUCUUAGGUGUCCUAUCGAUGUUUGGACUACAGGCUUCUGUGUUUAUGCUGACAUUGAUGACUAUAAACAGACUACUUAUGGUAUUCAGGCCAUUUAACAAGCCGAGCCUAAAGACCUCACUGUUUUUUGUUGUUUUAUCAAUAAUUGUUGCAUUCCUGUUGGCGAUUAUACCUAUUGUAUCGUUUGCCGAGGAUUACUUCAUCUCAUAUGUAAAGUUUUUCAAGAACCCAUUCCUUCAAAAGCAAGUCGACCGAACACAACUCAGUAUUUUCGCCAACAAGUUGUCGUCGUAUGAAACUUUCGGACAAGAUUUUCAGAACGUCAUGGGGCAAGAACAAACAACUUACUCAUGGAAAGGCUUAUUCGUCUUGAUGAAGCAUUUGAACAAUUCCUUCAAACCACGUUACCAAUUUGGAUAUUAUUCGAGUCACGGCGUUUGUUUGCCGAAGUUGUUUCCAACACCGAGCGACCCAACUUGGCAGUAUUCGAUUCUAAUUAUAGUGAUCAAUUUUAUAUCGUUUCUGACUAUCCUCGUUAGUUAUAUAUCUAUUUAUAAACAAACGCUUAGAAGACGAAGAAGUGUUAAAGGUCAUUGUCGGUCUGAUCAAUCUAUUGCAAUGCAGAGAAAAAUAACUCGUAUUAUUGUAACGGAUUUCUUUUGUUGGGUUCCAAUAUGUUUGAUUGCCUUUUUGAAGAUGACAGGUGUACCAGUGUCCGACGAAGUCUAUGCAGUUGCAGCCAUCGUGAUUCUUCCAAUAAACAGCGCCAUUAAUCCGUUUUUAUACUCAAACCUACCUGAAGUUAUAUGGACUCGAGCCGGGAAAGCUUACAACAAAAUGUCAAGCGAUACCGGACCAAGAACAUACGAACGCGAAAGCGACAGAACUUAAAGAAAGUGACGUCAGGAUGUAGAGUUUUCAAGUUCACGUCAGAGAACAAAUUGCUCAAUCUAGUGCGGAAAUUCUCGUAUGGUGAUAUCAAAGUCUAAAUUUUUUGUGAUUUAAAUAGCAAAAAAUAUCAUGAAUAUACGACACUACAAAAACUAUUAUAAAGAUGAAUACCUCCAAACGUUAACCAAGUGUAGACUAUAUAUACUAUCGAUGAAAUACAUGAAAUGAGUAUAGUUGA